UCCCACUCCAGCCCGGAGCAGCUCUCCGUGCCGUCCGGGCUGAAAGCAUCGGAGCUAUUUCAGACACAUUAAAAGGAUCACAGUCAAUACCUCAGCUGGUAGAAGAAGGUACCUCUUUCAGCAUCGAAAGGAGGUGCACGUACUCACUUGACGGGAUAAGCCUCUGUCUUAAAAAUGUCAAAACAGCCAGCGUCACAUGUCAAAGCCAUUCAGGCUAAUAUUAACAUCCCAAUGGGAGCAUUUCGACCUGGUGCAGGGCACCCUCAUAGAAGAAAAGAACUUACACCUGAAGAAGUGGAGGAGAGUGUUCCUGCUUCAACAGAGGAGGAGAAAGACAAGAAACAUCUCCCAGGAGCUAAGAAACUACCAGGUCCUGCUGUCAACUUGUCAGAGAUUCAGAACAUAAAGAGCGAGCUGAAAUUUGUCCCCAAAGCUGAACAGUAGCUGGAACAAACAGUUCUCAAGACAAGAAGAGCUCUCUGUGAAGACAAGAGGCAUAUUUUCAGUUUUUCAGUCCAUUUUGCGGAAAGUAAAGGGAAUUCAGAUAGAUAUAUCUCACGUGUACCUUUUUUUUUUCCAGUUUAAGCCAUUCAUUCAAAAAGUACCAAAUUAGGCAAUGAUGUAGUACUGCAGUCCUUUCCACUCUUUAUACGCUUUUCUUAUUUUUCUUCUUAAGUCUGGCAUGGAAUAGAUUUGCUAUUAUAUUACUUCUGGGGCAAAGGAGUUCUGCUAAUUUAAGGAGCAGCUAAGUGUUUGUCAAGUUACUGCAGUGUAACAUAUUAGCAGACAACGCCUGCAUCACUGUUGAUCAUGUGCAUGCUUCAAAGUCUUUUGAGAAACAAGUAGAAACCUCAGGGAAGAUGUUCAUGUUCUGCUUCACAUGUGUGGAGAAUAAGAGGUUGAACCUGGCCAACCACCACAGCUCAGCUGACAAGCAGUAGCUUGCUGGGUCAUGGGGCAACUUGGUCACAUGUCCAAGUGCGAAGUUAUUUGCAGUUUGGUUGAAAUUAAUCUGUUUCCCUAAGGCAGGAUGAGAAAUAGAGCAAUUAGCUCCAACUUCUUCAAUGCCUUACUUUAAUAGACACCAUACAGGUGACUGGAGAAUGGCUCCCAGAGAAGCUUGCGCUGACCUGAGGCUAAAGACCUCAUCUUUGAGCUGAAGAUUGACCAUCCUUCAGUGAAGGAAAGUCUUUGGGACCCCGCCUGCAAUGAGAGUUUGGCAUCUAACCAUUUCUGUCAAGGCAAGCCCGUGGCAUGAAAAUAACGUGCAAUGGCAUUAGAGUGCCUUGAGCCAAUGGAGUGUUCCUUCCCUCACCAGUGUCUGGGAUUUUAUGAACCGCACAGGGAUCAGGUAAUUUGGGGCAGAAUGAUGUAGGUAGCUGUUGCUGGUAGCCGUGGAAGAUGGCAGAACAACGCAUUGCACCGCUGUGUACUCGUUUGCCUCAGAGAGGCACUACAAGCUCCACGUCUCCCAGAGUCUCUCGUUACCAUGGAGGUGAUCCUCUUGCGUGAUCUACCAGGGCAUAGAACUGCCCGGACUCCACCUUCUGUUAAACACCUACUGGCUGGCUGGUUUCACCAUUAAAGAGGGCAGCUGAAGUGCCCCAGACCCUGGGGACAGGCAGGCAGGAGUGGCGAAUAGAUGGCCCAGAGCCUAUGGCACCACCUUCUACUUGAUUGCUGUGUCCCAAGGGGUAGAUGAAGUCUAGCAUUGUCUUCCCCUGCCAAGGUACAUCAGCAUUGCUCAGGGAGAAGUCCUGGUCCCUCCCAAGAGGAAACUGGCUGUAAGGAGACAUACAAGGUUACAAAGAGAAGAAAGGGAGGUGGAGACCCCUGUCUCACCCAUAAUCUCCAGUGUCUCUGAUCACGCAGGUCUAUUCAGAGACCUCCUUCCUUGCAGAAACCUGCUCUUCUGGCAUCUCAAGAAGGUGGCGCUGCAUACACUGUUAAGAAACCUUGAGCCACUUGUGUAAGCAGCGUUGUCAAGCUUGUGUGGAGAGCUGUUUAGAUACAGCUAAUAGAAAAAUUGAAAUCAAUCAGAUUGUCUGCUCUGGGGCUUCAGCAAUGUCCUGAGUAGGAGGAUCCAGGAGCCAUUUCCCCUCACACUGGAUUUACAGUGUGAACCAUCUCCUUCAGAUUCUCCUCUGAGUACUUUUUUUAAAAAACAAGAACAAUUGAAAACAUGCAAGAGAAGGAACAUGCUGGUGGCCCCUCCCUUCUGCCUUGGCUCAGCGAUUAUCACACAUACCCAGCCAGGAUGCGUGAAUAAAGCAGGUCAAUUCCUUCUUCUCCUCAAAAGGAUUAAAACCCACAUUUCUUGCCUCCCUGGAGACUGCAGACUACCUUGGCAGGAGGGACCCUUUGCUAAAGCUAGGCUGCUGUGCAGAAAUGAAUUAAAAUUAAGCUGUAGACAAGUGAGCCUGAUGGCAGCUUAGCAAUGUGGAGCUCAGUUGGCAGUAGGGAAACCUGCUUCCACAUGCCUUAGCCUGGGGAUUGCUGUGUACCUUCUCAAAAGACUAAUUUGUGUAGCAACAGUUUCCUCCAGCUGCGCUUUAAAAGAAACCAAGGCAGCGGGUGCUAUGUUUUUGUACGAAGCCUGAUGCAAUUAGGUAGGUGCUGAGGAGGAAGGUCUUUGUGGAAACGCAACAAGUUUCUGGGUGCUGCUCAGGGUUACGUGUCUCUCAGGUACUCAGCUGAGCAGGUUUAUCCAAACUCAGGUAUUUGUAGAUGGGCACGAGCACAGUUUGAGGUUACGGUGUAGCUGGACCAUGGUUUUGAGGAUCACAGCUUUGGAGUUAAGCACCUAAGUCCCAUUUAGGCAUCUAAAUUGCUGGGACACUGUUCCCUCAGUACUAAGGAGCACAAUCCCAUUGGCACUCAGUGGGAACUACGCUCCUAAAUCGCUUCAGUGCUCCUCAAAAUCCCUCUCCAAAAUUGAAUAUGCAAAUUGCAUAUUGUUCAUCAUUAAGAGUGAACGGGCCUCUGCAUCCUUCUGCAAUCAGACCCAGGACUCGUACUGAUACAGCUGCGCAAGUGCUCCGACAGGAACCCGUACGUUCUGGGAAGAGCCUUUCUGCAGAGCCGAGCAAAAGAAAUCUUUUCCACAGAAACUGUAGACCAUGUUGGUGCAAAUUCAAAACGAAAAACUAAUUGGUCUUGGAUGCAUGGUUUUUAACAGCAGGUGAUUCCUUUCACCUUUUCCUUCUGUUUCUCUGUGGAAAACAUACUUUUUUUUUUCCAGUUUGUUUAGUCAAAAAUCAGUUUUGUGUUGUGAAACACGGUGUCAUGGGAAAGUUUAGUUCUCCCAUAUAUCUUCCACUCAAUCCUAAUACCUGAUUUCUAAAUGCUUGCCUGUCACAUAUUGCAAAAUCAAGUAUUAACAGUCUAGUCUUGUACAGACAACAUGCUGUAAUGCCUUCAUUUAUGUUUUGAAGAAAUCUGUUUAUUCCAUGGGAAGAAAUGGGCUUACGUUUGAAGCUCUAAUAAAUGACAAAACCCUAUAAACCCAACAUAUAUAGACUGGUUACUGAUGUGAAAGAUCUUCACGUGUACUGUACCUGUGUGUAUCAAAUAUUAAAUGACUCGACAAUAAGCUUUCCAAAGAAGAGACAAUUACCACGCUACCUGCAGUAGCUUUGAAGAAGCCAGAUGACGUAAGGAAUUAAGCAUAUCUUGCAUGGACCAGAUGUCAGCAUACAGAGUUUUCUGAUACAGUCAGUUAUGUGUCAAGUUAAAUUAGCAGCCUGAGUAUGAUGUCUUGCCUUCAUGCUUAUCCAUCUCUGAAGAGAUCCUCUGGGUUAUGUACAAAAGGGAUGUCAAAUUUCCUGAGCUGAUUAAGACCUCUCGCUUUUCCACGGCAAGGAGGCCACGAAAUCCAGGACAAGAGUGUUAAAUAUUCAGAAAAGGCUGCAGAGAGUGUGGGUUAGGGAAAGACUAUGCUGGGUUUUGACAGUUAGCAAUCACUUUCCUACGACCCUUCCUUUUCCUCCUGUUUGCUCUAUUUUUUCAACAUAUUUUGCUUCAUAUGAAGUGCUAAGCAUUUCAGAAAAAGUAUUUGCAAAGUGCACAGAGAUGUCAGUCUCGAUUUGAAUAUUUUGAGAAUAAAACCAUAGCCAACUUCCAUCUCUUCUGUAACUAUAUUUGCGGGGAUGUGACUGUUGUCUCCCGCUCUCUCCUUUUACUGCACACGCCAGAAUUACACUGAAAGAAAACAGGUGGAUGAAUAGUACCACGAUUAAUCACGGUUCCAUCGUGCUAUGAUGUUAUCUGUAGGCAUAUCAGAUGUACACUAUAUUUAUAUGGACAACACCCACUCAUAUAUUAUGAAUUCUGUUGAGAACAACCAUAUGACCAGGAGAAAGCAGCAUUUUUAGAAACUGUAACUGGCACAGAGAGUCAAACGUGGGCUAUUUGCAGUACAGCCUGGGUAAGGUGGCAGAAAAGGCAGAAUUCACGAUGUAUAAACUGGAUAUCGCCGCCCAAAUAGAGAGCGCCAAGAUGUCUACUUUCUUGCUUGGAGAGGACCCCCUUCUCAGUGCCUCCAAGAUCACAGAGCUCGCUGCUAAUGCAUUAAAAGCAAAGAAAUCAACCUGAGAGAGUUUAGGGGUGGAUAUUGCUUCAGCAGCACUUGACUUGUCCCAACCCCAUCAGCCCCAUGUUCAACGUCCUUGUUCCCGCAACCCAGCCGUACUGAAGCGGUGAGCCACGCGACUCCCCACCAGCCUCACCGUUGAGGAGAAACCAUCUCACCGCCUUCACACCUCAGCGAGGGCCGCUCGGCAUCGCGCCGGCUGGCUGGGA